UAGUGGCAACUCCGGUCACUGUCUGUACUCCCUACUUUCCUUUCCUUUGAGCCUCGACCUCGGAGCUUUACGAUCACCAAAAAGACCCCUAGGUGAGCCGACGUAAUCGACAUUGACGCGCUCCUUCCCGCAAUAGGGGUUUCCUCUUAAGUAUAUGGGCAUCCACGCAUUUCACCCCACCUUGCAUCUUGCAAACAAAAGACCUUACCUUGCCUGACCUCACCUGCCUGCCACCUGCGUACACGCAAACACGUUUUUGCUACCGACCUACGCGCACCCCCCGCAACGUGCCUUACUUGUCGAGUAUGCGGCCUGGACAUGAUCUCACGUUGAAAGGAGACGACAAACACAGACCGACCUUCGAUUGAGAGUCCAUACUUCUCCCUUCAAAACCAUGUCGUCGUCGUCAUUUUUUAGGCGUUCAGACGACAUCGGUCGUUACAGUGGCUACGACUACAGCGAUCGCAGAGGUGGCGAAAGAGACCGCCCAAGUGGUCGCGACUCUCGAUAUAACCGUCGCUCACGAUCACCAUCCCGUCCGCGAUCUCGGUCUCGGUCACGAUCUAUAUCACUAUCCCGUUCUUCACCAUCCCGCUCAAGUUCGCCAGACAGGCGGAUCAGAGAGAGAAAAAGAGGCAGGGACAGGGACAGAGACAGGAUGAAGGAUCUUGAUCGUGACCAGUCGAGAACACAAACGGACUUGUCCAAGCUGGUGCCGCCAAGCGGACCACGACUUGCCAUCCCUCCUCGUGGACCGCCGACAAGAACGUUUUCUUCGCCAGUCCACAGCAAGUCGGGUAUAUCAAUAGACACCCGUCUCGACCGCGGGUCGGAGCAAUCACCAUGGAAACCCCCAGCGCUUUCGACGACACCAGCAUCUUCGGCACCACCGACCCCUCGAUUCGCAAACGGUACGACAUCAACGAUCAAGAUCACCGCAUCUCUACGACAACUCACUCAGCGAAGUAACGAACAAGGUGCAAUUCGGUUGCGGAAAGAUGUAGUUGAGGCGCGUGCAAAAGCUCGGGAGAAAGAGCAUGCCCAAUCGCACCCUAAAUAUGCCGAAUUUCCCUCCUUGAGAGACUACCAUCGGAAGCUUGAGAAGAAGGAUACCGAUGACCUAGGUAAUUUGGGGAAGGAGAUGAAGGAUGCGGACCAACAGUGGCAGGCUUCGGCAGAAGCUUUUGCUGCUACUCUGCUCCAAGCUUUUACCGAGCUGCAGCAGAAAGACAAAGAUCGCCGCUCGAUUGCUCCUAGCCCUGCGGACGGACUCGAGACACGGCUCAAUUCACGCCUCGAGACGCUCGAGAACCAACAUAAAGAAGCAGCUGCGGAGCAGCAGAAACAGAUGGAGGAACUCCGCAAAACCCUCUCGGUUGAGAGUGCCAAGCGUAAAGCUCUCGGUGUCGAGAAUGAGACGCUGAAAAAGAAGGUUCAAGAGCUGCAGGGUCAUUACCAGUCUCUGACCUCCAAAGCCGAUGAUCAAGGUGCAUCCAUCAAGCGGCUGCAAGAGCCAAAGCCAGAUGUUGUGCCACCUCGAGCACCACCAAAACAGAAUGGCAUAACAGCCGAGGAACUGAAGGAAGUCAAGACGCUUCUGGACCAGCACGAAAGCGUAAUAGCCAUGCUAAAGAAUCAAGUUUGCGAGCACGACAACAAGCUCGGUGAGAUGGAUAUCGACCUCAUCAGCGACAGUUGUGGUGCCAUUGCGACAACGCUGCCAAGACUAGAACAAAAUGGCAAGAAGGCUGCCGACGACGUGACUACACUCCAGACCAAACACAGGAUGCUCGGAUUGGAUACAGAGCAGCUCGAAUCCGAGACUGCCCAACUAAGGUCCGGAGCAGAGUGCAUCAGAGCCCAACUGAAGUCGGAAACAGAGUCCGUUAGGAAGGACGCUCUCGAAAUCAAGUCUGACACUGAGCACCUGAAGACAGAAGCCCAGCAGCUCAGAUCCGACACUGACUACGUAAAAAAAAAUGUUGAGAAAUUCGAAUCUGUCAUUGAACAAAUCAAGACAGAGGCUCAGCAACUAAGGACCGAAAUGACGCAGCUCCAGUCGAGCAUAGAGAAACUUGCUUCGGAAAUACCACGUCCACCCAAUGGCGACAAGUUCUUGGCGGUCAGAACCUUCACAACCAUGAACGCCACCGUUUUCAAGACAUUCAGUAAUUGGAUCGAGGACGUAAAGAAGCGAAUCGACAUCGUAGAGCGCCAAAUGCCACCGCUUCGCACGACGGACGCGGUUGCUUGGACUCAAGUAAAGACGCUCGAGAAAGGAUCAGACCAGAAGUCGAGUCGAAGUGCGGAGAACAGCCGGCUGUCGACUCCAUCUAAUGACUUGAAGGUCGACCUUUACGAAGGGAAGUUGAAGGACUACGAUACACGGAUCAAGGUGCUUGAGGCUGUCUCGAGGCAGAGUCCACGUCGUGUGGAACACGAUGCUUCAGAGCCAACCAAGACUGCAGAUGUACCAGCCAAGAGGCGCGCGUCUGAUGAAUCGGCUUCAAUCAAGCUUACGAUUGAAGCAUUGAAGGAGCAGUUGUCGAUGAUCGAUCAAAGCAUCAAGGCAAUUUCCGAGUCAGCCAAGUUAACAAGCGAAAGCCAGGCUGCGGACUCUCAACGAAUCCAGGCACUAGAAAGCCAGGCAUACGAAACCCGGGCGGAUCACCGGCGCUUGGACGGCAUCGAGAAAAGAUUUGCGACUACGGAAGAAAAGGUGCAGGCCUCCGAGGCCAAGAUGGACUUUAUGCAACACAACAUCAUGAAUGUGGACGCGCAAAUCAACAACUUGACAACGGAGAGCCUCUACCAGGCCAUUCUGCACCACAUUGACAGAUACCACCCUACGGAAGCGGCAGUUGGACCCAAGGUGGAUCAAAUGGCUAGGCAGGUAACAACAUAUGAGCAGAGACUGCACUUCUUGGAGAGACAGUUGAAGUUGAACGACGAGCCUGCGAAUAAGAAGCGCAGACUGAGCUCGGUAGCAUUGACAAAUGGCAGGCAUUGA